AUGAUGUUUUCCACAGGCUGUGACGAUAUUUUGCCUAUACAUGAAAUUCCACAGACUAAGAAGUUCUGCAAAGAACGCUGCAAAAAUAUUAUAGAUUCGUGCUCGAAAGAAGCAGAAUCAAAGCAACAGACUCCUCUUCAAUGUUUUGCCGAGACUGUUCUUGAGGAAUCGCUGCUGAGCGGCAGCUGCAUUCACACGGAAACGCUUGCCACAGGUACGAGUAACGGGCAAUGCCGCAGCAAUUUGUGUUUUCAGUUAUCAUGUGUGUCACAGUGGAAUACAUUUCUAUUCACCGUGGAUUCUGCUGCUUUUUCAGAAACGGCGCUUCCAAAAUGUUUUCCAAGUCUUACCCGGAUGAAUGAUGACGAGUCUUCAGAGUUCCGCUUCUUAGAUCCGAGCUCUUCUUCUCCACAGUGCUUGUGCCUAGCGCCCAAUGCUGUUCCCUGCACAGCCGCAGAGGUGUAUGAGACGCGCGAAAGCUUAUUCUCUUCAAUACCAGCAAAUAUUUGUCCCUCCCAGGACUCAGCUGGGGCCAUGUUCGGCAAAGGAAUGGCUGGAACAGCUGACUCAAAACUGUACUUUGCUGCCGCAGACGCUAGCAAAAUAUUUUGUCCCCUAAGCAACAGCAAGAGCAUAGCGCAGCCAAUAGACGCUGCUACAUACACCACUUUUGCAAGCUCUGCCGAGAUGAACGAGUACUGCGCUAAUGGACUUCACGCCCAGCAAGAGCUAGCUGCUAUCACGCCAUACAACGUCGACAUCAACUGCGAAAAUGUAACAUCCAAGUCGGAUGCUCUAACCUCUGAAGAAUGCAAGGCAAAAUGCGUUGAGAUCAGGGAAAGUUGUGAGGAAAAUAAGGUUGACUUCUUAUCGUGCUUCUCUACACAGCGGCAGACUACAGGUUUUGACAAUGAAUGCGCCACUAACGAUACUACUUUCCCUGGGAGAGGAAUAGUUUUCUGCAAGCUCAUACCAAGAGAUUGCAAAUACUCAGAAUGGGGAGAGUGGUCCGCCUGUAGUGCCACCUGCCGCAGCAGCAUAGGAGGAUUGGAAGGAAGUGUUAGAAUACGUACACGACGGAUUGUGGAGCCCAGCACAACUGGAGGCCAGCAGUGCCGACUGGGGAGUAUAUCGAACGAGUUCGAUGACUCAGUGACUCUGUCUCUAACGCCCAAGCCAGAGCCAUCAAUUGAAGAGUGGAGAGCUGACAGGCUUAAUUCUACCACUACCACUACACAGGACCCAAGUGUGAGAGACGACAUAACUUGCGACAUCGUGGACAUGAGUACUUUUAGCUUGGACACGCGUUUUGAUACUCAAGUGAGUAAUGUUCGUUGCUCCAGCUUUUGA